CUCUGUCAAACAAACACUUGAAUUCUCUUACUCAAUACUGCAGUAAUAAAAACCAACUACCACCACAUUUGUUUCUUAGCUGUAAUAAUUUGCAUCCAUACACACACCAUUGCUCUCUCUCUCUCUCUCUCCCCCCUUCACAGAGCUAGUUGAUUCGUUCACUGGCCUGUUGGAGCCCGGAAUAAUUUCCAAAACGAAUAUUCAUCCGUCGUUUACCAUUUGAAGCUCCGAAGUCCGGUUGUCUUUCUGUGCCUUCACUCUGCUCAGGUUAUGGAGAUUGAUAGAAGUGAAGCAUAGAAGGUGUAUUGAGUAUGUGUGAUUUGGCAUAAGUUAGACAAAAUGUCUUCUACUUCUUGGAUCACAUCGUUUUCGUGCUCAACCUCUGUGAUACAAUCUUCUGAGGAAACAUCUCUUUCACCCAUUCUUCAAUGGCUCAGAUUCAUCUUCCUUGCACCGUGUCCCCAAAGAGCUCUCCUGUCUUCAGUUGAUAUACUCUUUCUGCUAGCCAUCCUUGUGUUUGCACUUCAAAAGCUCUAUUCUAGACAUGCUUCCCAUAAGAACCUUGAAUCCGAAGUCAAUAUGCCUCUCAUUGGAAACAAUAGAGCCGUUAUUCGGACUACUUUGUGGUUUAAGUUGUCUUUGAUUAUAACGGUUCUAUUAGCACUUUCCGAUGCAGUUUUAUGCAUUCUGGCCUUCAGUAGAAAUUCCGAGUUGCCACAGGAGCUUGUGGAUGGACUAUUUUGGCUAGUUCAAGCACUAACUCACGUGGUGAUCGCUCUAUUGAUUGUCCAUGAGAAGAAAUUCCAAGCUGUCACGCAUCCUUUGUCACUUCGAAUUUACUGGGUUGCAAACUUCAUUGCCAUUACAUUGUUUUCCAUUUCCGGGACCAUUCGUGUAGUCUCUCUUGGCGAACCUGAUCCUGAUAUGCGCCUUAAUGAUGUAAUUUUGUUUGUUAAUUUUCCAUUAUCGAUUGUACUUCUCAUCAUUGCCAUAAGAGGAUCAACUGGUAUAGUUUCUUUGAGAAGUGAAUUGGAUUCCGUAAUGGAUGCAGAAACCAAAAUGUACGAACCCCUAUUGGACAAAUCCAAUGUAACUGGUUUUGCUAAUGCUUCUAUCAUCACGAAAGCAUUUUUUCUUUGGGUGAAUCCCCUACUGCGUGAAGGCUAUAAAACUCCUCUUAAGGCCGAUGAUAUCCCUUACGUUUCCCCAGAACAUAAAGCUGAAAGAAUGUCUGAACUCUUUGAACGGAAUUGGCCGAAGCCUCUUGAAAAAUCAAAGCAUCCAGUCCGAACCACAUUGCUUCGAUGCUUCUGGAAGGAAAUAGCCUUCACAGCCUUCCUUGCGAUUGUGCGGCUUUGCGUCGUGUAUGUGGGGCCUGUUCUCAUCCAGAGAUUCGUCGAUUUCACGUCUGGGAAGAGGAGCUCCCCCUACGAAGGAUACUACCUUGUAUCUAUUCUUCUCGUCGCCAAAUUUGUUGAAGUUUUGACCUCCCACCAAUUUAACUUCAAUUCUCAAAAGAAUGGGAUGCUCAUACGAUCCGCCCUCAUCACUUCUUUGUACAAGAAGGGGCUAAGGUUGUCGUGUUCAGCUAGACAAGCUCAUGGGGUUGGACAAAUCGUGAAUUACAUGGCUGUAGAUGCUCAGCAGCUCUCUGAUAUGAUGCUGCAGUUACAUUCCAUAUGGCUUAUGCCCCUCCAAGUCACUGUGGCAUUAAUACUUCUUGCUCAAUAUCUCGGUGCCUCGACUAUUACAGCUCUAGUUGGGGUUAUUGCUGUCAUGUUGUUUGUUUUGCUGGGAGCUAAAAGGAACAACAAAUUCCAACACAACAUUAUGAAGAAUCGGGAUUCAAGAAUGAAGGCGACAAACGAGAUGCUGAAUUACAUGCGUGUAAUCAAGUUCCAGGCAUGGGAAGAACACUUCAACAGGAGGAUUCAAUCUUUCCGCGAAUCAGAAUUUGGGUGGCUAAGCAAGUUCAUGUAUUCGUUAUCUGGCAAUAUCAUUGUCAUGUGGAGUACACCUGUGCUUAUAUCUGCAUUUACCUUUGGUACUGCAAUCUUGUUGGGCGUUCCCCUUGAUGCAGGGACUGUUUUCACCACUACAACUAUCUUUCGGAUUCUCCAGGAACCAAUAAGGUCCUUCCCCCAGUCUAUGAUCUCAAUUUCACAAGCAAUGAUCUCACUCGCAAGGUUGGACAAGUAUAUGACAAGUAAGGAGUUGGUUGAGAAGUCGGUGGAGAGAGUAGAAGGUUGUGGUGGUGAGAUUGCAGUGGAGGUGAAAGAUGGUGCUUUUAGCUGGGAUGAUGAAGGUGGGGAAAAGGUGGUAAAGAACUUGAAUUUUGAGAUAAAAAAAGGAAAGCUUGCAGCUAUUGUCGGUACUGUUGGAUCAGGGAAAUCUUCACUCCUGUCCGCAAUUCUUGGCGAGAUGCACAAAAUGUCAGGGAAGGUCAAGGUUUGUGGAACCACUGCCUAUGUUGCACAAACAUCAUGGAUUCAGAAUGGAACAAUUCAAGAAAACAUCCUGUUUGGUUCACCAAUGGAUGGAGAGAGGUACAGGGAAGUCAUUAAGGUGUGCUGCUUGGGGAAAGACUUGGAAAUGAUGGAGUUUGGAGAUCAGACUGAAAUCGGAGAGCGUGGCAUUAACCUCAGCGGUGGCCAGAAGCAGCGGAUACAACUUGCUAGAGCUGUUUAUCAGGAUUGUGAUAUCUAUCUUCUUGAUGACGUUUUCAGUGCGGUUGAUGCUCACACUGGUUCUGAAAUCUUCAAGGAAUGUGUAAGGGGUGCUCUCAAAGAGAAGACCAUUCUACUUGUGACUCAUCAAGUUGAUUUCUUGCACAAUGUUGAUCUUAUCUUAGUCAUGCGAGAUGGGAUGGUUGUGCAAUCGGGAAGGUACAAUGAAAUUCUGGAAUCCGGCGUGGAUUUCAAAGCACUGGUUUCUGCUCAUGAAACAUCCAUGGAGCUUGUAGAAGUGGAAAAUAGCAUGCCCAGUGAAAAUUCCCCUAAACCACAAAAACUUGCCAGAGGACUUUCUAACCAUGGGGUAGCAAAUGGUGAAGACAACACGUUAGAACGAACCAAUUCGAACAGGGGAACUUCAAAGCUCAUUAAAGAAGAGGAGCGAGAAACUGGUAGAGUUGGGUUACAUGUUUACAAACAAUAUUGCACUGAGGCUUUCGGCUGGUGGGGUGUAGUGAUGGUUUUGCUGAUAUCGUUGCUUUGGCAAGGUUCGCUAAUGACGAGUGAUUAUUGGUUGGCGUAUGAGACUUCAGAGGAGCGUGCUAUGGUGUUCAACCCUUCUCAAUUCAUUAGUAUCUAUGGAAUUAUUGCAGCAGUUUCAGUAGUGCUAGUAACCAUCAGAGCCUUUUCUGUGACAGCCCUUGGGCUUAAGACUGCCCAAAUAUUUUUCAGACAAAUUCUUCGCAGCAUUUUGCAUGCUCCUAUGUCAUUCUUUGACACUACACCAUCUGGAAGAAUACUUAGUCGGGCAUCAACUGACCAGACGAACAUUGAUAUCUUCCUUCCUUUCUUUUUGAGUAUGACCAUUUCCAUGUACAUCACAGUGGUCAGCAUCAUCAUCAUCACAUGUCAGUAUGCUUGGCCAACGAUAUUCCUUUUAGUACCCCUGGGUUGGCUGAAUUUCUGGUACCGGGGAUACUAUCUCGCAACAUCUCGCGAAUUAACUCGGCUUGAUUCCAUUACCAAAGCGCCUGUUAUUCAUCACUUCUCAGAAAGUAUUUCUGGUGUUAUGACGAUCCGGUGUUUUAGGAAGCAGGGAAUGUUUUCCCAGGAGAAUGUCAACAGAGUGAAUGCAAAUGUGCGUAUGGAUUUCCACAACAAUGGAUGCAAUGAAUGGUUGGGCUUCCGUUUGGAACUCAUUGGAAGUUCUUUUCUCUGCAUUUCUGCAAUGUUCUUGAUCUUGUUGCCCAGCAGCAUCAUAAGGCCAGAGAAUGUUGGAUUAACUCUCUCGUAUGGCUUGUCCCUCAAUGGCACACUAUUCUGGGCCAUAUAUAUGAGCUGCUUUGUGGAAAAUAGAAUGGUUUCUGUUGAAAGGAUAAAACAGUUCGCAAAUAUUCAAUCAGAAGCUGAAUGGGAGAAAAAGGAUUGUCUUCCCUCUCCAAAUUGGCCUACGCAUGGAAAUGUUGAGCUCGAGGAUUUGCAGGUCAGAUACCGCCCAAACACUCCUCUGGUUCUUAAAGGCAUUACACUCAACAUUCUAGGGGGAGAGAAGAUUGGUGUAGUUGGUCGAACAGGGGGCGGAAAGUCAACUCUGAUCCAGGUUUUCUUUAGGCUUGUGGAGCCUUCGGGAGGGAGGAUAGUCAUUGAUGGCAUUGACAUUUCCACGAUAGGGCUUCAUGAUCUUAGGUCUCGCUUUGGGAUCAUUCCCCAGGAACCUGUCCUUUUUGAAGGAACUGUGAGAAGCAACAUUGAUCCAACUGGGCUGUAUUCCGAUGAAGAGAUAUGGAAGAGUCUCGAGCGUUGCCAACUAAAAGAUGCGGUGGCUGCAAAACCUGGCAAACUUGAUUCUACAGUUGUUGAUGAUGGAGACAAUUGGAGCGUGGGUCAGAGGCAACUUCUCUGUUUGGGAAGAGUAAUGCUAAAGCGGAGCAGGAUUUUGUUUAUGGAUGAGGCAACGGCUUCUGUUGAUUCGCAAACAGAUGCGGUAAUUCAAAAAAUCAUCAGAGUGGAUUUUGCCGCCUGCACAAUCAUCAGCAUUGCCCACAGAAUACCAACGGUCAUGGACUGUGAGAGGGUGUUAGUUAUAGAUGCAGGAUGGGCAAAAGAGUUUGACAAACCAUCUCGCUUGCUAGAGAGGCGCUCACUAUUUGGGGCAUUGGUUCAGGAGUACGCAAACCGCUCAUCUGGACUAUGAGAUAACCAGAAUGGUUUUUCCCAGACUUUUGAUUUUUCUGCAGCUAACGUUGGAGGUCCUGGACAAGGUAUCAGAUUGGUUGUAGCAAACUCUAUAGACAUAGGUAUAGAAGGUAGUAUUCCUCCUAGAUGUUAUUGUCAUUCGCUGUAUCCCCCUUGUAAAAUUUGAUGGUUCGACGUAUGUUCAAGAUCAGUAAUUAGCAUUGUUCUAUUCCAGUGAACCAAGUUGGAUGCACUGUCACUGAUAAAUAAUUAAUCUCAGUCUCUCCUUUAUUUCUUUU